AUGGUUGUCUUAACCCUGUUCUUCGCUUUCUUCUUCUUGGUCCAGGGCAACUGCCAGCCCCGAGACGAGAUACCAUACGUCCGCAAGUACCUCUAUGUCGGUGGACAGUAUGCGGACGACGGCAACGGGAACCAUAUAUUCAGGGAUCAGAUGUAUGUCGAACACCUGGCGCCGACCAAAGGUCCGACAAAGCAGCAGCCCAUAGUGCUCUUGCACGGUCAGGCACAGACAGGGACAAACUGGCUCAACAAGCCUGAUGGGGGCCGCGGUUGGGCCUCAUAUUUCAUUGAACACGGCUACGAAUGCUACAUAGUCGACCAGACAUUUCGAGGGCGCAGCCCCUGGAUACCAGAAAACGGCACAAUGGCAGCAAUUCCGGCAGAGAUGAUACAAAAGUUUUUCACUGCAACAGCAAGGUAUAAGCUGUGGCCUGAAGCCGAACUACAUACCCAGUGGCCGGGUUCAGGUGUGAUCGGGGAUCCUAUCUUCGAUGCAUACUACGCAUCUACAGUGCAGUUCAUAAAGUCCCAAACUCAACAGGAGACUACGAUUCAGGCGGCGGGGGUAGCAUUAUUAGACCGUAUCGGCCAGCCAGUAAUUCUGGUGACGCAUUCACAGGCAGGUGCCCAUGGCUGGCUGGUAGCAGAUGCCCGCCCAGAGCUGGUCCAUUCCAUAAUAGCAUUGGAGCCAGCUGGGCCCCCGUUUGAAAACGUCAUCUAUAAAGGCCCGUAUAGCCGUGUAUGGGGGCUGACGAAUGCGCCUUUGACGUAUUCUCCGGCUGUUGUUGACCCAGAAACAGAGAUAGUGAAGCAGACGAUUGAUGACCGGCCUGGAUCUCGUUGCAUAAUCCAGGCAGAUUCUCCGCCUCCUCGCCAACUCCCCAACCUGAGAGGAAUAAGGACACUGGUGGUGACCGCUGAGGCCUCUUUCCAUCGACCGACGGACUGGUGUGUUGUUCGGUAUUUGGAGCAGGCUGGGAUUUCCGUCGAUCACGUACAGCUGGGCGAUAUUGGUAUACGGGGUAACGGACACAUGCUCUUUCUCGAGCGCAAUAGCGACGAGAUCGCAGCCGUCCUGCGGCGAUGGAUGGAAGAGGAAGACACAAAGCCGGCGAAGGAGGCCCAGGAGCCCCAGGGGGAGGAGAAAGAGCUUUAG